AUGAAGCUUAUUAUUGCGCUGACUGUAAUCGCUGGGGCCGCCUCGGCCACGCAUAACGAAACGUCUGUGUCUCGCCAACUCCAAGAGGCACCCCCAUCGUUCUGCUUGCUCACCUCGUAUCUUCGUGGCGUUGGCACACUUACGAACUGCCCCAAAGGCGAGAAGGGGUCAGUCUUUGAGGACCAAGGCCUCUUUUGCUGCUUGAAGGAAUACGGCCGUGGAGAUGGCUACCCUUGGAAGUUUGACGAAGCUUUAAGUCGCAGCGGCAUGUUCAAACGUUGCGAAAAAGACAACGGCGGCCGCGGCAAGCCUCGCGUAUUGACACUGUACAACAAGCUGUUGGAGCCAGGGCCAGCAAACUACGAACAGUUUAUGGCACUCUAUCAACAGCAACAGAUGCAAGCCAAUGCCCAGAUGGAACUCAACCAGCGAUUGAUGGCCCAGCGCCGAGCCACUGAGCACCAUGAUCACGGGCUACCAGCGGCUGCUGCAUCUUCGAUCCGACAAGCGGAAGCGUUGGAAGACAUUCGGCGACCGCCCCCAACCGUCCAGUUCCCGGCGGCAGUUGGCGUGCAAAAAUUCUAUGGAUUCCAAGAGGUGCCCAAAGCCCCGUCGUUUAAUGGACGCACGAAUGUGCAGAAGCGUCGGCUCAUGGACCAGUGCGAAGCGUACAUGCGCGAGAUCAGUCUGGCCAAUGCACAGCAUCAUGUUCGCAAGGCGUCUUCGUUUCGGGAAGCAAUGCAAAAUCAAAACUGA